AUGAAUUCACAAUGGGAGUCUUUGACCUGCUGUAAGGUCACCUCCCUGGACCCGCCUGGGGUUCUGAUUGGACCCCUCCCUCCACAGUCUUCAGCCGCACUCCCAGGACCCUCCCAGGACCCUCCCAGGAGGCUCCUCGCAGACACACUGAGGCCCCUGACUCCACCACAGCUGAGCCCACCUCACACAUGUGUCCCACCUGGAUUUACCACCAACAACAUCUGUAGCUCCAUCCAGCUCACCAUGACGGGACACCAGCGACUGUGUUUGUAA